GCUCCCGCCGCCCCGCGCCGCCUGGACCACUGGGAAGAUGGAUGGGCACGUCCUGGGAUGGAUCGUCCUCCUGUGGCUCGCAGCUGAGGUGGAAGGGUUGCAGGUCACUGUGCCUGAGAAGAAGAAGGUGGCCAUGUUAUUUCAGCCUGCGCUGCUUCGCUGCCAUUUCUCUACUUCUUCCACCCAACCAGCUGUGGUACAGUGGAGGUACAAAUCCUACUGCCAGGACCGGAUGGGAGAAGCUCUGGGUAUGGUGACUUCUGGUUUGCAAACAAUGAGCAAGAGGAACCUGGACUGGGAUCCCUACCUGGACUGUGUGGACAGCAGGAGGACGGUGCGUGUCGUGGCCUCCAAACAGGGAUCUGCCAUCACCAUAGGAGACUUCUAUAAGGAAAGAGAUGUCAGCAUUGUCCAUGAUGCAGACCUGCAGAUUGGGAAGUUGAUGUGGGGAGACAGUGGCCUCUAUUACUGCCUUAUUAUCACACCAGAUGAUGUGGAGGGCAAGAAUGAAGAAUCAGUGGAGCUGCUUGUGCUUGGCAGGACAGGGCUGCUUGCUGAUCUCUUGCCCAGUUUUGCUGUGGAGAUUAUGCCAGAGUGGGUCUUUGUGGGCCUGGUGAUCCUGGGAGCAUUCCUGUUCUUCCUCCUGGUGGGGAUCUGCUGGUGCCAGUGCUGCCCGCACAGCUGCUGCUGUUACGUCCGCUGCCCCUGCUGUCCUGAGUCCUGCUGCUGUCCCCGGGCGCUGUAUGUAGCAGGCAAAGCAGCAAAAGCUGGGUACCCCCCUGCAGUCUCUGCCAUGCCAGGUCCAUACUACAUCCCCAGUGUUCCUGUAGCUGGUGUCCCAUCUCCUGCUGUGCUGAUGGAUAAGUCACACCCUCCUCCCUUAGCCCCUAGUGAGGCCAGCGGAGGGAGCCAAAAUGCAGUGCGCAAAGGGUACAGGAUCCAGGCUGACAAGGACAGGGACUCCAUGAAGGUGCUGUACUAUGUGGAGAAAGAAUUGGCUCAAUUUGACCCGGCUAGAAGGAUGCGAGAACGAUAUAACAACACCGUCUCUGAGCUGAGCUCGCUGCACGAGGAGGACCUGAACUUCCGCCAGCCCUACCGUCAGGCGCGGAGGAAACCUCUGCCCCCCGCGGGGGACAUGGAUGGUGAUGCCGAGUACUGGGCAGGAGUCGUGGGUGGGGGCAGCACCUCCAGAUCACAGGCUGUGUCUGAGUACAGGGAUGAGCGCGACAGCUACUGGCACAGCCAGCAGAGAUCCAAGUCGGAGAUGCUGUCCCGUAAGAGUUUCUCCGUGGGAGUGCCGGCCGUGUCCAUGGACGAGCUGGCGGCCUUUGCUGAGUCCUACAGCCAGCGGCCGCGGCGGGCGGACAGCCAGGAAAUGCGGCGCUUCGAGCGCUCUGAGUCGCACGGCGGGCGCGGCGGGGGGCUGCCCCACCAGGACAGCUCCAUGGAGGAAUACUACACCAAGCGCUGCAGGGGCAAUCGGGAGCCGCUGACGGACUCGGAUCGGGGCUGGUCCUACAGCCCGCCCCGGAGACGGGCCCACGAGGAGAAGCACUUCCCCAGGCUGGUGAGCCGGACACCCGGAGGGAGCCAGAAAUACGAUCACUCCUACCUCAGCAGCGUCUUGGAGAGGAAAUCCCGGAGCUACGAUGAGAGUGGUGACCAUUGUGCAACCCCCUCGAAGCUGAGCUCGCAGCCCAGCCAGAGAGGAGGGAGCACCUACUAUGGCUGGUCACCGCCCUCCACCUACAAAGCCGAGAAGUCGCAGCCGCAGCAGUCGUCGUCCCCCGAGCAGGACGAGGAGGAGGAGGAGGACAGCCUGCCCCCCUACAGCGAGAGGGAGCUGAGCCGAGGCCCUUCCUACAGGGCCAGGGAACAGGCCUACCUCAAUGCCUCUGACAAGAAGAGGAAAAAGGACCCCAAGAAAACAAAUGAUUUCCCAACAAGGAUGUCCCUUGUGGUUUGAAGUUGUGGACCUGUCAUGUUGAUGGGCUGGAUAUCAUGAGGUGACUGCAGUGGAGAAGAUGCAGAACAACAAGCUAAACUUGCCUCUGUGAACCUUUGCAGCCAUCAGCCAUGGACUGUUUCAAUUUUUUGCUUCAUCCAGGGGAGCUGAGGCUUUUGUAAGAGACUGACUCCCAUGGACAGCACUUGAUCUCAGAGGCUCUGGGAGUCUGCCCAGAAAAUGAGGCUAGGGGUCUCUUUGGGACCCUGUUUUCCAGUGCCCUCCAUUCUGCACUGGACAGCAGCCACAUCCCUACUGCCCCUGCAGCCCUCCCUGCAGCCCUGAACUACAAGUGAGGCUGCCUUUGUGCCUCUCUCUCUGUCCCACGUGCAGAGGGAGGCGUGUGUGCCUCUUGCUCUCUCUGUCUCAGUUCUCUGAAUCAAAAUUGUCUCCAUACUUAAAGCCUUUUCUGUAUCAUUCCCGUGCUGGGAGGAGGCCUUGUUCUUACAACUGCAGACUAUCUUCAGCUGAUCAGGCCCUAAAUCACGAAAGAAAAUCCACAGUCUUUCAGACACUGUAAGAAAAUGACUGAUGAGAUGUUACCUUGAUAAGGGCUGAAUGGGGAAGGGACAAUUAUGAGCUGAUUUGUUCAAUAUAUUUAGUUCUGUUUGUUGUGUGAUGAGAGUUGCAGGUGAGAUGGAUGUAUUGUUUUGAAAGUGGGUCAAAGUAGCUUUUAUUGUAAUGAGAGCAUGAUUUGUUUCCCCCCUGCCCCCAACUGUGUUUUGUUUUGAUGCUGUUGCAUUUCCCUGCAGCUCAACUGUGACUCUGUAGAGCUUCAAGCUGGAGUACCUACUCCACUGUUUUAAAAGCAGUGCUCUAGCCUUCCUAGUGCUCUGCUUUCAGCACCACCAGACCCCUCUGCCACUCUCGUGAGUGGCCUUUUUGUUUCAAGGAAGCAAGAAGGGGACAGUCUCAAUGAGAGGGCAGCUGCAGACCUUCAUCCUGUGCCACUGGUAUCACUCCUUUCUGGGAACAGUUUCCCAGAAGAAAGUACUACUGAAGAGAGCAGUAACAGCAGUGGAAAAGAACAAGCACUGUGGAUGGAUACAAGCUUUGAAAGUUACCCUUUUCACUUAAAACCAUUCCAUUCACUUUGGUUGGGAUGUGGUUUUAGUGGCUGUUGUCUCAGGCAUAGCUUUAUUUAAAAGUGAGUGCUUCACACCAUUUGGAAGCCUGAUAUUCUGGUUUUCAUAGGGUAUUAUGCAGUCAUGUAUUUAGCUGCUAAAAUCAUCAUGUGAGGAAAGAUGAUGGGAACAUUUUAAGCUCCAGUAUCUUGAUUCCUAUUACACCUAGAAACAACUUAGUGCCCUGUUGUUACGGACAUUAUCAGCCUCUGAAAUGACAUCUUUGUUGUUCCUCUGGGAAUUUGGGAAGCUGUCUGGCCUCACAUGCUCAUACUGGCAGUACUGUUUGGGACACAAGGUAUUUUAACAUCACUGCAAUUCUCCAUAAAAAUGAUAGAUUAAUUUCUGUAUUACUCCUUUGCAAGAUAGUUCACCCACCAGGAAUGGUCAGGGGAGAGGAAAAAUAAUCUCCAUGGAUUUGAUGACAGUUUUCAUGUGAGAAGGUGAAUUGAUGAAAGGAUGAUGUUCUUCUCACAUACUCCUCUACUGAUGUUUUGGAAAUCCCAGUCCUGGGUCUUCCUGGCCAGAGAGGGAUUAGCCAGCAGGAACAUACAAUUGUGGAAUUGCAGAAUUUUUUGUGCAGGAGGUAGCCUUCAAAGAUUUCAACAUUUAAAGUUUCAACCCUCUGCCAUGGGAAGGGACAUCUUCCACAUAUGAGGUUGCUCAAAGCCCCAUCCAACUGGACCUUGAGC